AAUAAUGUGCACUCUUAGUGAUUUCUUUUCGUGCAUCAGGUCCCAGGAUAACUCGGAUACUGACUAUACCAGUUCCACACAUCGGCGGCAUCAUCUGGACGAUGCCUACGAGCAAGUUGGCAAGGAUAUUCAGAACAAGACCUUGUCGCGAGAUCAGCGCCGGAAGAGCAACAAGGAUAAGCAACGUUCGGCCACGCUGCCCAACUCGACUUCCGGUGUGGGUUCAACUUCCGGUUUUACAGGAACUUGCAUACGACCUUUGUCCCGGGACUUGCGUAUCUCCUAUGAGGCUUUGGAGCGGCAUGAUGAAAUUUUCGGAGGUCCUGACAUCGAAGCUGGAGAGUCUUCCACUAACCGACAUAUUCCCGAUCAGUUUUAAAGG